AUGCAAUCGCCAAAGCUAGACCCUCGCAAGCCGCCAGAACAUAUCCUCGAAGUCUUCGCGGACCCCACUUCUGUCAAGGAAAUUGUAAAAGGAAUCCUCCAUACAAUCUUCUUCCACCGCUACUUCCCCUGCAUCCGCCCCACCUCCCUCGACGUCCUCAACCUAACCCUCCCCGCCAUCAACGAUGUCGAGCUCGAGACACUCAUAGACGCGCGAGUCAAUGCGCUGAUACGGCAGCAUCUGUCAUCGUCCGCGAAUGGGCCGAAUGGUGGUGUCAGGGGGCGGAUCGCGGUGCAGUUUUUUGAGAAGAGGAGGCGGAAGGUUGGGGGGAUGGGGGUUGCGGCCGGGGCGAUUGCGGGGAUGAAUGAGGAGGAGGUUUGUUGGGAGGUGUGGACGGUUAAUGUUACGAUUGCGACGCCGCGGACGGAGUCGGACCGCACAAAGGUACGAAAAGCUAUGGAGAAAAUGCUACAAAAGGCCGUGUUUAAGAUCCUCGCGGUCGUCAAUAAGGAAAAAGACCAUAUUCCGCCAAUUACCACGAGCGAUGCGAAUCCGUUCCCGUACCAGAUUGUCCUGAAUCCUAAGUUGGAUAGCUGGGGGAACAAAUUUGGGCUUUACUGA